GACUGGGACUUUGGGACUCCACCAGCACAGAGGCCAGAUGUGUGCAGCUGCCUGAGGGAUGCUGGGCUCCGUCUCCCCGAUUUAGUCAAACAGAAUUUCUCGACACCGGGACAGAAACACGAGGAUCAUGCCGGGCCACCGCAGAGGAAAGAGUCUGUCGGACGCCAUCACCCUGGAGCUGUCAGAGGAAGGAAGCCGGCUCAUCUCCAGCAUCAACACCCAGCGUCUGGAGAAAGGGGAUGAAGUUUCGGGGGAGCAGUUUGAUGACAGAGUCCCAGUCCUCACCAGGAGCAACCUGAGCAAGAGCCUCGAUAAUCUGGACCAGUUAUCGAGUCCCAAGACGAUGCUGAAGGAUUCCUACAACAAACUCUACAAUGCCAAAAUCAAGAGGUUUAUGAAGGAGGAUUUGCGCGGUGCCGAUGAAAGUCGUGAAAACAGCAAACUGGCCGUGGGCGGCUUGUCCAAGGUCGGCCUGAAGCACGACAUGGACCUGCCUCGCCUCGGAGUGGACUUUGGACUCAUGAAAACCAAGAGACGCCAAACAUCUGAAUCUGAAGAUGACGCUGAUUCAGAAUCUGAUGACACAACGUUAACAUACGGCAGCAAUCUGAAUCUGCCCCCGUUGGGUCUGGGCUCGGGUAGGGCUGCUCGAAGUGGAACCCAGGAACCGAGAUGGAAUCUGAACACGGACCGUCCAUCAGUUGACCUGUCACUGCCAAAUAUUGAAAGACCUCAGAUUGGACUGGAAGGUAAAGGAACUUUUGAGGCUCCAAAAUUCAAUCUGCCUGACCUGGGUCUCUCUGGACCUUCUCUAAGUGGAACAGAUUAUAAACUGGAGACACCAGAUAUCAAUAUCCCAGAUGUUCCUUCACGUAAAAUCAAUGUCAAGCAUUCCAAGAAACUGAAAAAGCCAAAUCUAAAUGUGGAUGAUUUCUCCGGUUAUGUGGAGUCACCUAAAUUUAGUCUAUCUGGGAGAUCCCCUGACUUAGACCUAGAAAUGCCAGGUGCACCACAGCUUGAUCUCAAUGGACCAGACAUUGAUAUGAACUCACAUGAAUUCAAAAUGUCUCUGAAGAAGCCAAAGAUCGAUCUUAAGUCUCCAGGUUUAGAUUUGGAUGCUCCUGACGGUAAACUCACAAUGCCCAAAUUUGGAUUCUCUGGGAACGGUGAAGCUAGAAUGCCAGAUCUCAAAACACCAAAGAUAAGAGGUGAGAUUCACGCCCCUGAUGUGAAUCCACCCAGAACCGACCUGACGGCUGCGGCUGGACAAUACAAGGCUCCGAGGUUUCAAAUGCCCAGAUUUGAUUUACCAGAUGUUGAAGUUCCAGAUUUGAAUGAAAACUUCGAGGGACCAGAUCUGCAUUUGUCUGCACCAAAUCUCAGAGCUGGAAAGUUAGACCCAAACUUUAAUGUCCCCUCGGCCGACAUUUCAGGUCAUUCUGGAAAAAUCAAAAUGCCAGGCUUUGGGCUCAAAAAACCAAAGCUUGACCUCAAUACCCCUGAUAUGGAUAUUAAUAUGCCCUCUGGUAAAUUAGACCUGGAUGCGGAUGUUCCCUCUGGAAAAAUGAAAUUACCAAAAUUUAAGCUCUUUGGAACAUUGCCCAAGGGUAAAGAUGUGGAUGUGAACGCGGGGAUGAAAACACCCGAGCUAAAUCUAAAAUCCCCAAAGCUAAAAGGCAUAGAUGCUCCUGAUGUGAGUUUACCAAACAUGGACCUCCACGCCCCAGAUGUCAACAUUGGUUCACCCAAAUGGAAAUUCAGUAAACCAGGGUUUGACAUUGAUUCACCUUCACUUGACCUGAAAGGCCCGAGGUCAAACCUGGAGAUGCCGAAUGCCGAUAUCGGAGGUUUUUCUGGAAAAAUGAAGAUGCCAGAUUUUGGAUUGUCAGGACCGAAGAUUAAAGGGUUCGGUGGCGAGGUGAACACUCCAGACUUUGACCUUUCAGCCCCCAAAUUACAAGUUGGUUCCCCAGAUCUGGAUUUACCUGAGAUGCACUUUAAUAAACCCAAACUGGAUCUUUCUGGUCCAGAUGUCGACCUAGAUUUGCCCUCAGGUAAAUUCAAAGGACCAGCAAUAAAGAAACCGAACUUUGGCCUGAAUGCUCCUGACAUGCACAUUGACACUCCCAAGGGCAAGUUCCAGAUGCCUAAAUUCAACCUCUCCAGCACGUUGCCAAAAGGACCAAAUUUGGACAUAAAUGCCGACCUGAAAUCACCAGAUCUAAAUUUGAAAGCACCAAAGAUAAAGGGGGGGAUUGAGACCCCUGACUGGGACUUACCCAACAUGGACCUUAAAGCCCCCAAGUUAGAGGUUAAAUCUCCAGAUGUCAACAUUGGUUCACCCAAAUCUAAAUUCAAACUGCCCAAAUUCAAGAUGCCUAAGUUUAGUGUUCCAAGUUUAAAAGGACCCGACAUCAGUGGUAAUUUAGAUGGUCCAGACAUGGACAUCAAUGCACCGAAGCUCAACCUCAAAGGUCCUAAAGGGGGUUUAGAUUUGCCAGAUUUUGAUAUUUCUGGUCCAUCUGGAAAAUUCAAAAAGCCAAAUUUUGGGCUGUCUGGUCCAAAGUUAGAUGGCCCUAACUUAGACCUCAGAUCACCUGACCUAGAUCUGUCUGGUCCCAACCUCAGCGGUGGGAUAAAUGCACCAGACAUUAACAUGCCCAAGGUCGACCUUAAAGGUCCCAAACUGGACUUAAAUGCUCCAAAGCUCAAUCUAGACAUGCCGUCAGGUAAAAUGAAAAUGCCAGAGCUUCAUUCCCCAGACUGGGAUGUGAAAGCUCCCUCAGGCAAAUUGAAAAUGCCAAAGUUCAGCCUCCCAAGCUUAAAAGGACCUGAAAUUGAUGGAGACUUUGAUGGUCCAGACAUGGACAUCAAUGCACCAAAGCUCAACCUCAAAGGUCCUAAAGGGGGUUUAGAUUUGCCAGAUUUAGAUAUUUCUGGUCCGUCUGGGAAAUUCAAAAAGCCUAACUUUAACCUGCCUAAUUUGGGGCUGUCUGGUCCAAAGUUAGAUGGCCCCAACUUGAACCUGAAAUCCCCAAACCUAGAUCUCUCUGGUCCCGACCUCAGCGGUGGGAUAAAUGCACCAGACAUUAACAUGCCCAAGGUCGACCUUAAAGGUCCCAAACUGGACUUAAAUGCUCCAAAGCUCAAUCUAGACAUGCCGUCAGGUAAAAUGAAAAUGCCAGAGCUUCAUGCUCCAGACUGGGAUGUGAAAGCUCCCUCGGGCAAAUUGAAGAUGCCAAAGUUCAGCCUCCCAAGCUUAAAAGGACCUGAAAUUGAUGGAGACUUCGAUGUGCCAGAUGUUGAUUUAAAUGCACCAAAGCUCAACCUCAAAGGUCCUAAAGGGGGUUUAGAUUUGCCAGAUUUUGAUAUUUCUGGUCCAUCCGGGAAAUUCAAAAAGCCCAACUUUAACCUUCCUAAUUUUGGGCUAUCUGGUCCAAAGUUAGAUGGCCCCAACUUAAACCUUAAAUCCCCAAACCUAGAUCUCUCUGGUCCUGAAUUCAGCGGGGGGAUAAAUGCACCAGACAUUAACAUGCCCAAGGUCGACCUGAAAAGUCCCAAACUGGACUUAAAUGCUCCAAAGCUCAAUCUAGACAUGCCGUCAGGUAAAAUGAAAAUGCCAGAGCUUCAUGCUCCAGACUGGGAUGUGAAAGCUCCCUCGGGCAAAUUGAAAAUUCCAAAAUUUAACCUUUCAGGCACUUUGCCAAAAGGACCAAAAAUGGACAUAAACACAGAUCUGAAUGCACCCAACAUGGACCUUAAAGCUCCAAAGUUGGACGUGAACACUCCUGAUGUCAACAUUGGUUCCCCCAAAGCAAGAUUUAAACUGCCCAAAUUCAAGAUGCCUAAAUUUAAUCUUCCAAGCUUCAAAGGGCCUGAGAUCGAUGGACACUUGGACGCCCCAGAUGUUGAUGUGAAUGUCCCCAAUGUCAAUGUGAAAGCUCCUAGAGCCGAUUUAGACUUGCCAGAUUUUGAUAUCCCUAGUCCAUCUGGAAAUUUCAAAAUGCCAAACUUUAACAUGCCUGACUUGGGGCUUUCUGGUCCAAAGUUGAGUGGACCUAAGUUGGACCUCAGAUCACCUGACCUAGAUCUGUCUGGUCCCGACCUCAGCGGUGGGAUAAACCCACCAGACAUUAACAUGCCCAAGGUCGACCUGAAAGGUCCCAAACUGGACUUAAAUGCUCCAAAGCUCAAUCUAGACAUGCCCUCAGGUAAAAUGAAAAUGCCAGAGCUUCAUGCUCCAGACUGGGAUGUCAAAGCUCCCUCAGGCAAAUUGAAAAUGCCUAAAUUGAACCUUUCAGGCACUUUGCCAAAAGGACCAAAAAUCAACACAGAUCUGAAUCUUAAAGCUCCAAAAAUAGAGGGAGGACUUAAUGCCCCUGACUGGGACUUACCCAACAUGGACCUUAAAGCUCCAAAGUUAGACAUGAACACUCCGGAUGUCAACAUCGGUUCACCCAAAGGAAAGUUCAAAAUGCCAAAACUGAAAAUGCCAAAGCUUAACCUCCCAAGCUUAAAAGGACCUGAAAUUGAUGGAGACUUCGAUGUGCCAGAUGUUGAUUUAAAUGCACCAAACCUUAAAGGGGGUUUAGAUUUGCCAGAUUUUGAUAUUUCUGGUCCAUCCGGAAAAUUCAAGAAACCAAACUUUAACAUGCCUGACUUGGGGCUGUCUGGUCCAAAGUUAGAUGGCCCCAACUUGAACCUGAAAUCCCCAAACCUUGAUCUGUCUGGUCCCGACCUCAGCGGUGGGAUAAAUGCACCAGACAUUAACAUGCCCAAGGUCGACCUGAAAGGUCCCAAACUGGACUUAAAUGCUCCAAAGCUCAAUCUAGACAUGCCCUCAGGUAAAAUGAAAAUGCCAGAGCUUCAUGCUCCAGACUGGGAUGUCAAAGCUCCCUCAGGCAAAUUGAAAAUGCCUAAAUUGAACCUUUCAGGCACUUUGCCAAAAGGACCAAAAAUCAACACAGAUCUGAAUCUUAAAGCUCCCAAAAUAGAGGGAGGACUUAAUGCCCCUGACUGGGACUUACCCAACAUGGACCUUAAAGCUCCAAAGUUAGACAUGAACACUCCGGAUGUCAACAUCGGUUCACCCAAAGGAAAGUUCAAAAUGCCAAAACUGAAAAUGCCAAAGUUUAACCUCCCAAGCUUAAAAGGACCUGAAAUUGAUGGAGACUUCGAUGUGCCAGAUGUUGAUUUAAAUGCACCAAACCUCAAAGCUCCUAAAGGGGGUUUAGAUUUGCCAGAUUUUGAUAUUUCUGGUCCAUCCGGAAAAUUCAAGAAACCAAACUUUAACAUGCCUAAUUUGGGGCUGUCUGGUCCAAAGUUAGAUGGCCCCAACUUGAACCUGAAAUCCCCAAACCUUGAUCUGUCUGGUCCCGACCUCAGCGGGGGGAUAAACCCACCAGACAUUAACAUGCCCAAGGUCGACCUUAAAGGUCCCAAACUGGACUUAAAUGCUCCAAAGCUCAAUCUAGACAUGCCGUCAGGUAAAAUGAAAAUGCCAGAGCUUCAUGCUCCAGACUGGGAUGUGAAAGCUCCCUCGGGCAAAUUGAAGAUGCCUAAAUUGAACCUUUCAGGCACGUUGCCAAAAGGACCAAAUAUCAACACAGAUCUGAAUGCACCUGAUUUGAGUCUCAAAGCACCAAAGAUAAAGGGCGGACUUAGUGCCCCUGACUGGGACUUACCCAACAUGGACCUUAAAGCUCCAAAGUUAGAUGUUAACACUCCAGAUAUUAACCUUGGCUCACCAAAAACAAAGUUUAAAUUACCCAAAAUGAAAAUGCCUAAAGUUAGUCUACCGGGCCUGAAAGGACAUGACAUUGACGGCGGUUUAGACGUCCCAGAUUUGGAUAUUAAUGCGCCGGACGUCAACCUCCGAGGGUCCAAACCUGGCUUUGAAAUGCCAGAUGUGGACUUCGGUGGCCCGUCAGGAAGAAUCAAAAAGCCACAUUUAAAAAUGCCUGAUGUGGGUUUUUCUGGUCCAUCGUUGGACGGCCCAAACUUUGACGUCAAGACACCGGAUUUCAAUCUCAAAGCUCCAAAAAUUAAAGGUGGACUUGAUGCUCCCAAACUGGACUUCCCAGGUGUUGACCUCAAAGCUCCGAAGUUCGAUAUGAACGCUCCAGAUGUCAACAUGGAUUUAACGUAUGCAAAGGUCAAAAAGCCCAAAAUUAAGACACCAAUAAUGCCAAAUGUUGAUUUAGACGGCCAGCUGCGGGGACCUGAUCUGAAUUUACCAAAUGUUGACGUCAAUGGUGCAAAAGGAAAAUUCAAAAUGCCAAGUUUAAACGCACCAGACCUUAGUCUCUCUGGACCGAAGGCAAAAGUACCGGACAUAAAUCUUUCAGCGCCUAAACUGAGAGGCCCUGGUUUAAGUGCACCUGAUAUAAAUCUACCAAAUUCAAAUUUCAAAAGUCCCAAGUUCAACCUCAAUGCAAAACGACCAGAUCUGGGAAUAGAUGGUAACUUAGGCCGACCUGACAUGAACUUUAAUGCCCCUCAGGUCAAAGGAGGAAUGAGGGGUCCAGACUUUGACAUGCAUGUUCCCUCUGGAAACUUCCAGGGUCCUCAGGCUGAUCUGGAUCUGACAGACCGAAAAUUCAAAGUCCCUUCUUUCAACCUUCCUCAGUUUGGAAGUCAAGAUCUGAAUCAGGGCUUUUCUUCUCCCAAUGCAAAGCUGAAUGUGAAACCAGUUGAUUUAAAGGGGAACAUCUCAGGACCGAGGGUCAAUGCUCCAAACAUGGACCCCCGCUUUCCCACAGCGGCACCACGGAGUCCAGGGCUGCAUUACAAAUAUCCAGAUCUCAACGUUGAUGAUCCUUCACUAAAUUUCCGAGGACCUUCUUACCAGAAUCGCAGAUCAGACAUGAGGAUUCCUGAUCUGGACGUAGAUGGAGGCGUCAGACUUCACCACAGCGAUAGAAGGUCACAUAGAAACCCCCCCCCCAGCUUCCCUCUGGCGGACGCAGUGUUUGGUCGCCGUUCAGAUCUCAACAUCGAUGACUUCACGGGAAAGGAUCACGUACUUAGAGCCAGAGGUGCGAAGCUGGACGUCCAGGCCUCACGGGACUACAGAUCGGGGUUCCCCCCAUCAGGUCUGGACAUUGACGUGAUGGACGCCGUGCACACCCGCAGGAUUCCAGCUGGGGACAUAUAUGCAAAGCACCAGAGAACAGCCCGACCUGAUGUUAGUGCACGAGAUCCCAGGAUACGAGUACCCAACAGUUCAGACGGAUACUACGUCACUUCCUUCCCCGCUCACACGCAGAACCAGAGGAUGCCAAAUCGUAAAUACAACACUCUCGGAGGACUUGACUUUCACUCAGGAAACAUGGAACUCGAAGUUCCAAAUCAAAACGAGCCGAGAGGUUCAAAUUUCGUUUUCGCCGACCUUGUGUAGGUUUCCUGCUUCCACAAGCGACGGCAACAUUUUCUGUUCAUAUGCUUUUUGUAUUGGUGGAUUUGUUUAGUCACUUAAGAUGUAUUAUGAUGUAUAAUUUUCAUCAAAUGUAUAAUUUUGUAUUUGAAUUGUGGACAUAAAACAGCUUUGUAAUGAUGCAAAUUACUUUAUAAAGCUGUAUUCUUGCACUUAUGUUAUAUAAUAUGAGAUUUAAUACUACACAACACUUGCUGUUUGUAUGUACAUCAAAGUUACAAUAUUGUAAAAUCACUUAAUACUAAUUUUACUGCUGAUGUUGAAAGUCGAGGAGGAAACUCCGGGAUUACAAGGACAAAAAGUGAUUUUGUGUUUAAUUAUCCAUAUUUUUGCAUAUUUUUCUAUUGUUUUGUACAAAUGUUCUGAAAAAGCUUCCGUAUUUUAUAUUCAAUAGAAAUGUAUAUAGUUAAGAUUUAUUUUAUGUUUUUGCUUCUGACAUGUUUGAGCUGUACGUUAAUGAAAUAAUAAUGAAGUAUUUAAGAUGACUAUACUGUGUAUAUCUAAAUAUGUAAACAGACCAUUUAAAGGUGAAAAUUAAACACUUGAAAAUGUU